AUGCGGAACCGAGGACGCAGGGGCGGCUGGACCCAAGUGCAGGAUUGGUCAUCAGGAAGCAAGGGAUCAGGCAAGUUCUUGUUGUUGGGAUGGGCGAAGCGCCGGUCUAUCGGUGGUCAGAAUGAGAGCGAGGAUCCAAGGACGUGGAAAGCCCUGGUAAGGGCUCAGAGGUCAGAGGGCACAGCAAUCCUUUCGUAUCUCAUUCCAGGCAUGCUGGGCAUGAACCUUGAGGGUCCUCUCCUGAAGGAGCUGAUGAACGGUUACAGCAAGAACAUCCGACCUGUGAAGAAUAGCAAUGAUGUCCUUCAGGUCAAGUUCAAGCUGACCUUGACCAACCUCAUUUCCCUGAAUGAGCGAGAAGAGGCCCUUACCACCAGUGUCUGGACUGAACUGCAAUGGUGUGACUAUCGGCUGAAGUGGGAUCACAUGCCAGCGUACGAGAACAUUACUUGCUUGCGUGUGCCCUCAAAAAGCAUCUGGCUACCAGACAUUGUCCUUGAGAACAAUGUCGACGGGAACUUUGAAAUCGCACUUUACACCAAUGCCCUGGUCAACUCCUCGGGCUGCAUCCAAUGGUUGCCCCCUGCCAUCUAUCGCAGUGCCUGCUCCAUCACAGUCAGCUACUUUCCCUUUGACUGGCAGAACUGUUCCAUGGUGUUCCGCUCCCACACCUACAGCGCCAAUGACAUUGAUCUCAUUCUCACCUCUGAGAAGGACCAGACUAUCGAGUGGAUUGUUAUUGACCCUGAGGCCUUUACAGAGAAUGGAGAGUGGGCCAUAAAGCACAGGCCUGCCAAGAAGCUCAUCCACAUGGAGUAUAGUAUGGAUGAGCUGGAGUACCAGGAACUGGUAUUCUUCCUGAUCAUCCAGAGGAAACCACUGUUCUACAUCAUCAACAUCAUUGUGCCAUGUGUGCUGAUCUCCUCGCUGGGGUUGCUGGUCUACUACCUGCCUGCCAAAGCUGGAGGGCAGAAAUGUACGAUGUCCAUUGCAACUCUCCUGGCACAGACAGUGUUCCUCUUCCUUAUUGCCAAAAAAGUUCCUGAGACCUCACAGUCUGUGCCGCUUAUUGGCAAAUACCUAAUGUUUGUCAUGUCAGUGACCACCACUGUAGUGAUGAACUGUGUAAUUGUACUCAACGUUUCUCUGAGGACUCCCAACACCCACCUGAUGACAGACAAAGUCCGGAAGAUCUUGCUUAACGUACUGCCAAAGAUGCUCCACAUGCGGAUGCGACCCUGGACCCCCCCAGAGUGCAGCGGCUCCCUCCCAUUUAGUCGCCGGCGCAGCUCACUCAGAUUUAUCGCCAAAGCGGAUGAGUAUGUCCUGAAGUCAGCUCGCUCCGAGCUCAUGUUCACCAGGCUGAGGGAGAGGGCUGGUCUUGCCAGUGCUAUGCUGGAGAAGAUAAGGAACGGCCUUGAAGUGGGCCAGGAACAGGACGUGGCUGCCAGUCUGGCCCACGCAUCUCCAGAGGUGCAGCAAUGUGUGACUUCCUGCAAACACAUCGCCGAGAGCACCCGGGAGCAGAGCUGCUUUCAGAGUGAGAAUCAGGAGUGGUUCCUGGUGGCUCGGGUCAUUGACAGAGUGUGCUUCAUAGUCAUGGCACUGCUAUUCGUCUUGGGGACUGUAAGCAUCUUCCUCAUGGGACACUUCAACCAAGCCCCUCCGCUGCCCUUUCCCGGGGACCCGAAAAAAUACUUGCCAGAAUGAAUGAAUGAAGACAUGCGAGUGAGACAUUUGCAGAUAUUUACGUACAUUUGUGAAACUUCUGGAGUAUAGCCCCUCAACUUAUGGGCUGUGGGCCAGUUAUAACA